AGGAGUGACGUGCGAGCCCGAGCUGGAUGGAUGGUUAUGGGGAAAAGAGGAAGACCCUCGGCGCUUGAAGUGUGCAGAGUCCUCGCCGUGUUCCUCUCGAUCUUCCCCUCUGUGAGCCUGCAGUGCAAGAUCCUCAAGUGUAACUCUGAGUUCUGGGCCUCCACCUCCAACUCCGGGCCGGAGGAGGAGUUCUGCACGGCGCUGCGAGCGUACAACAGCUGCGUCCGCCGCACCGCACGCACCUGCAGAGGUGACCUGGCGUACCACUCCGCCCAGCAUGGCAUCGAGGAUCUAAUGAGCCAGCACAACUGCUCCAAGGAGGGGCCCACGUCCCAACCCCGGGCCCGGACCCCGCUUCCCCCCCUGGCGCCUCCGCUCCUGCCCGACAGCCAGGAGCGCUCCGACGGCCCGGAGAUGUGCCACUACGAGCGCAGUCUGCCUCGCAACACGUCGCCGCCCAACUACACCCACUGCGGCUUCUUCGGAGACCCGCACCUCCGAACCUUCGGGGACGACUUCCAGACGUGUAAGGUGGAAGGAGCCUGGCCGCUCAUUCACAACAAGUACCUGUCGGUCCAGGUGACCAACACUCCGGUGGUGCCCGGGUCUUUGGCCACAGCCACGACAAAGCUGACAAUCAUCUUCAAGAACUUCCAGGAAUGUGUGGACCAGAAGAUGUACCACGCGGAGACGGAUGAGCUGCCGGCUGCGUUCGCUGACGGCUCCAAGAACGGCGGCGACCGGCACGGAGCCAACACCCUGCGCGUGGUGGAGAAGGUUCCCGGGCAGCACGUGGAGAUUCAGGCCAGGUACAUCGGAACGACGAUAGUGGUGCGUCAAGUAGGCCGCUACCUGACCUUCGCUGUGCGGAUGCCGGAGGAAGUGGUGAACUCGGUGGAGGAAGGCGACAACCAGGACUUGUACCUGUGUCUCCACGGCUGUCCCGCCAACCAGCGCAUUGACUUCAGGAACUUCCGGACGGCGGAGGCCCACAGCGCGGCCAGGACCCGGGGCGGCGCCGGGGCCAGUGGCUUCACCUACCAGUCUGCAAAGGCCAAGUGCAAAGAGCGCCUCCCAGUGGAGGAUCUGUACUUUCAGUCGUGCGUGUUUGACCUCCUCUCCUCCGGGGACAUUAACUUCACCAUGGCAGCCUACUACGCCUUCGAGGAUGUAAAGAUGCUCCAUUCAAACAGCAACAGAUACCACAUCUUUGAGAACGAUGCUUUCAUGAGUGGUGCGGCUGAGAGGGGCAAAGAUUUACUUCCUCUCCUCCUCAUCAACCUCCUGGCUGUCUGCUUGUGGAUUGAGUGUUGCACAGUUCAGCUAUAG